AUCAAAAACAUUUCCUGGCAGAGAGUUUCAAGGUGCACGUCUGUGCAGAGUUUGGAGAAAUUUGAACCCCACCCAUUUGCUCGGCUGAUUGUUUUUUGGUUCGAAUAGCGUAGCGAGUGAACAGAAACGUCCGGAAUAAAAGGUUGGCAGUCUAUUUUCGCAAAAUAUUUUCCAACUUGACGGGAAGUUUCCCUGUGAAGCAGCUGGCACAUUAAUUUUCUAGAGAGGGCAAGAAACUGGCUUUAUCAUGCUCAGAAACCUAACUUUUAAAGGCGCAAGAUUACAGAUCAACGCAGGAAGUCAUGUCUGGAAGUUGAUUUUUCCUGUAAAAAAGGGACAGAUACCUUCAGAAAGAGUUCAUGGCUGGCGGCAAGUAACCUCUUGUGCAGCUUUCUUCCAGGCCAGCAAAAAUGAAAUGGCGGAACAUUUCAUUCUUGACCACCCAGGCGAUAAUCAUAAAAAAGUAAGAAAAAUUCCUACUGUGAGAGGAGCUGACAUUAUGAGAGACCCAAGACUUACUAAGAGUACUGGCUUUACCAUUGAGGAAAGACAGAUACUUGGUAUUCAUGGGCUGCUUCCACCUGCCGUCAAUACCCAAGAGCUGCAAAUGCAAAGGGUGAUGGAUGAGAUCAGGAGUAAUAAGACUGACAUGCAAAGGUAUAUACAGUUAUGUGCGCUCCAGGCACGAAAUGAGCGACUUUUUUAUAGGUGUCUGAUGGAGCACACUGAUGAGCUGAUGCCGAUUGUGUACACACCUACAGUAGGCCAGGCAUGUCAAGAGUAUGGGAUGAUAUUCAGAGACCCAAGAGGUUUAUUUGUCACAAUUCAUGAUCUUGGUAAUAUCCGGUCCAUUGUUGCAAACUGGCCAGUCAGCAAUGUUAAGGCUAUCGUUAUGACAGAUGGUGAGAGGAUUCUUGGUCUUGGGGAUCUUGGGUGCAAUGGAAUGGGAAUACCAAUAGGGAAGCUGUCUUUGUACACUGCUUGUGCAGGAAUUGAUCCAAGUAUCUGUUUGCCUAUAAUGAUUGAUGUUGGCACAAAUAAUGAGAAAUUACUAAAAGAUCCGAUGUAUAUAGGUCUCAGACAGAAAAGAGAGCAAUCAGAGAAAUAUGAUCAACUUAUUGAUGAAUUAAUUGAAGCCUUGAGGGAAAGGUUUGGACAAAGUACCCUGAUACAGUUCGAAGACUUUGGUAACCACAAUGCGUUUAGGUUUCUAGAGCAUUACCGAAGCAAGAUAUGCACAUUCAACGACGACAUUCAAGGUACCGCAGCAGUGUGUGUGGCAGGAAUCCUGGCCAGCUUGCAAGUGACCAAUAGCAAAUUGUCAGAACACACAUUUAUGUUCCUUGGUGCUGGGGAGGCUGCUAUAGGGAUUGCUAAUUUGUUGAUUCUGGCUAUGGAAAAGGAAGGAACUUCAAAGUCUGAUGCUGCAAAAAAAGUCUGGAUGCUAGAUUCUCGGGGGCUUGUUGUCAAGGAUCGACCGACUGGUGGUAUCACAGAACAAAAAGUUCCAUUUGCUCAUGAAUAUGAGCAUAUAACUGAUUUUGGAGAGGCAGUAAAAAGGAUCAAGCCCACAUCAAUCAUAGGUGUUGCUGCUGUGCCUGGUGCCUUCACAGAAACUAUAGUCAAAGACAUGGCUGCGUUCAAUAAACGUCCGCUCAUUUUUGCGCUGAGCAACCCAACAUCCAUGUCAGAAUGCACUGCCGAGCAAGCAUACAAUUGGACUGAGGGUCGCUGUCUGUUUGCUAGCGGCAGUCCUUUUGACCCAGUGAGUUUAGCCGACGGUCGGAGAUUCAUCCCAGGCCAAGGUAAUAAUGCGUAUAUAUUCCCUGGCCUAGCCCUUGGUGUUAUCUCAUCUGCAACAAGACACAUGACAGAAGAAAUGUUCCUCACUGCUGCACAGGCCCUAGCUGAUCAAGUGACAGAAGAUGACCUGAAAUUCGGCCGACUUUAUCCUGCCUUGUCAAAAAUUCAGCAAGUCUCCUUCAACAUCGCCUGCAAAGUUGCAAAAUGUGCCUAUGAGCAACAGCUGGCUACUGUUCUUCCGGAACCUGAAGAUAUAACUACUUUGGUGCAGAACAAUGUCUAUGACCCCCGGUAUGACUCUUAUAUUCCACAGACGUUCUCGUACCCGUCCGUAGGACAGUAUAUGCCUACUCAGGAGGCUUAGACAUUGAAAUAAAGUUCUAGUAAAAGUUUGUCAAAUUUGUCUGUUGUGAAAAUAAUUGCUUAUGAAAAAGAGUGGAAAUUAUGUUGCGAAUGUAAAUAAGUGCAAAUAAAUCGAAUGUUCAAGUGACUGCUUUAAUUUUUAGAUAAAUUGUUUUGAGGAAUCUUUUACUUUUGUAUAGAGAUUUUGAUAAGUCUUAACUGUCGACUCGCUACCUUCACUUUCUUACAUGUAAAAAUGUUUAAAGCCAGAUUGUUAAUUGCGAUUAUUCUGUUUGAGAUAAAGUAUAAUAAUCAUAGAAAACGCUUGUUCAA